AUGCGCAUCUCAUUCUCUAUCCUCGCAAUCUUCGUAGCCUCCGCACUUGCGGAUGGUCCAUGUGAUGUCGAAAGCGAUAAUUGCAGAGCUGUCAUCAACGCGAGUGCUUGUUUCAACAAGUAUAUGGCUGGUGGAAAUAAGGCCAACAUCUUGAGCUGUUUGAAGGGUACAGACGGAGCCGCCACGGAAACUCAGAAGGUGAGAGAGUAUGCUCUUAUGACUUGGAUGGCUAAUGCUGAAUGAUGCCUUUAGAUGUGCGCGUGUACCGGUUGCGUCGCUCCUGUUAUGACAGCUUUUAUAUCUAAGAACAAGAUUUGUGGUUGA